AUGUCGGCGGAGCGCUGGACUUCGUUGCCGGGUCCCAGGAUCACGCCGGAGGUGCUGCGCGAGACGCUGCGCUACUACAACCUGACCCGGCAGGAGUUCAUCAGCACGUAUAAGAUCCCGCCACUGGUGUACGUGGCGGAGCUGCCGCGCGGCGCCAAGACGGCGUUCGUGCUCAUCUACGCGCUGAUCUUUGGGCUGGCGCUGAGCGGCAACAGUCUGUUGCUGUGGGUGGUGCUGAAGAAGCGCGCCGCGCGCACCGCCACCGACGUCUUUGUCUGUUCGCUGGCCAUCAGCGACCUGCUCAUCACAUUCUUCUGCGUGCCCUUCACGCUGCUGCAGAACAUCACCUCGCAGUGGGUCGGAGGCGCGCUGGUCUGCAAGGCGGUUCCCUUUGUGCAGACCACAGCGGUGGUGACGGGCAUUCUCACCAUGACCUGCAUCGCCAUCGAGAGAUACCUGGGCAUCGUUUUCCCGCUUCGGAUGCGGCAACAGUCUGCGUCCGAGAGAGCGUACAAGAUGCUGGGGCUGGUGUGGACGGCCUCGCUGGUUGUGGGCUCGCCCAUGCUCUUCGUGCAGCAGCUCAAAGUGAAGUAUGACUUUGUGUACGAGCGCCGCCACGUGUGCUGCCAGGAGAUCUGGCAGUCCCGCAGUGAGCGGCAGGCCUACACCACCUUCAUCAUGGUGGCUCUGUUCCUGUUCCCCCUGGCCGCCAUGCUAUUCCUCUACACCCGCAUCGCCUUUGAGCUGUGGAUACGCAAGAGGGUGGGCGACUCGUCGGUCCUCAACGCCAUGAAUGACCGAGAGCGCCUCAAAAUGGACAGGAAAAAGAAGAGAGCCGUCAAGAUGAUGAUCAUUAUCGUUUUGCUGUUCACCGUUUGCUGGGCACCUUUCCACACGGUCCACAUGCUCUUCGAAUACCACGACUUGGAGAACAAGUUGGACGACGUGACGCUCAACAUGACCGUCGCUGUGGUGCAGGCCAUCGGCUUCUUCAACAGCUUCAACAACCCCAUCGUCUACGCUUUCAUGAACGAGAACUUCAAGAAGAGCUGCGUCUCGGCGCUCUCGCGGUGCACGCGACGGCCCGGCCGGCGGGCGGACGUCCAGGAGCCGCCCGUGCACUUCCUCAAGCCGCAAAGAAGAGAGGCCUUCCAGGAGUUGCACUCGGACGACGGCACAAAGCGGCGCCUGGCCGACAAAGGCCCGUCCGCUUCAUUGCGCGGCAAGAGCUCCCUGGGCCUAGCCGGAGAAAAGCUCUCCACCGUUCAGACGGGGCUGGCCGCAACCUCCGACUCUCCGGGGAAAUGAGUUCAUUCUUUCGUUUACUGUUUCCUAAGGUUUUGCAUUGUAUUGUUGCUAUUGAGAGCUUUUUAAAAAGCACUUUGCUUCAAAAGGUGCAAUAUAGGCAACAACCUAUAACCUGCUGGUAUUUGAAAAAUGAAUAAUGCUAAUGAAUAAAAU